AUGUUUAGACAUAAGUCAUCUUUUAGAAGUGUUAUUUUAACAAAAUUAACAGAAAACCAUCGUAAAGUAAUUAAAAGUUCAUUUGAAAUAUUCAAAAAAAAUGGUGUCCCAAAUGCUCAUAAUAUUUUCUUAAGAAUGUUUAAAGAGUAUCCUGACUACAAAAAUGUAUGGAGUCAAUUUAAAAAUAUGUCUGAUGAAGAGUUAUCACAAACACCUUUAUUAUGGAAACAUGCUACAACAUUUGUUUUUGGUUUAGAAAGAGUUAUAAGAACAAUGGAUGAUCAAGAGAUGAUGAUACUAAUGAUUCAUUCAACAGCCAAUCAACAUAAAUCAUGGGGAUUAAAAAAAGAACAUUUUUUUGCAAUGGUUCAUUUGAUAACAGAUAUUUUAAUGGAAGAAAAAGGUGAACCAGAUGAGAAAUAUGCAAUUAUGGAAGCAUGGGAAUCAUUUUAUGACGUUCUUGGAACCUUGGUUGAAUAUUAA